AUGGAAUCCAGACCGACUGGCUCUGCGAGCGCCAUCCGCUCACACAAAGCCGCCAUUGCCAAGCGUGCGUGCGACCAAUGCAAGUUCCGCAAAAUCAAGUGUAGUCUGUCGCAGCCAUGUAAGGCUUGUCAGUCCAUGGGCUUUGAGUGUACAUUCCUUCAGCCACAGAAGAAGCGCGGACCAACCGGGCAUCGCGUGUCACAAAUCAGACAGCAGCAAACUGUCAUAAGUCCCCAAGAGGAACCUAAGAAUGCCUUCCAAUUUCAAACUCCGACCUCAUCCGUGGAGUCUGGUCAAGGUUCUGUGCCCGGAGCACCUUGGACCCCCACUCAUGGUCCAGCCCCCUUAGAAGGGGCCGGAGGACUGGCGCCUCCAGGUAUACCCCCUCCAAUGGCUGCAUGGGGUGAGGAAACCGCAUCUAUAGAUUCUCACAACAGCGGCGUGAGUUGGAGCGACCGAAAUGACGUCGAAUAUUGGCUUCCAGAUAAUCUGGAUUCUCAAGUCCCUGUCUUCGAAUUUCCAAGUAAUGUAUAUCUCAAGCCAUCUCUCCCGUCUAUCAUUCAAUCAGUCCCCGAUACUGGGGCUAUGGGAAUGCCUCAGGAAGCUCCAAAUAUGCCGUUUUCACCAGCCGUAGGGUCUAUGCACUCGGAUACGCGGGAGACUGAGGCAAUUUGGCCAGCUACGAUCAACGAAGCAAAUAUGAUCCCUUGGAUUGACGUCUACUUUGAUCGGCUACAUCCGACCAUACCCGUCCUCAACCGGUCGUCCCUGUACACUUCAAUGCUCGCACAAGAACAUCGCAAGAACUCUCAGUUCGGGGCCAUGAUCUUGUCAUUAUGUGCAUUCUCGCUCACACAGCCAAUUGAGAUCAAUGAGCGGCCAACAUCCUCAUCCCGAGCUCUGCAGGCACGAGCCAUGAUGCACGAAGCGACCAAAAUGCGAAGCUGUUCGGAUUUUGGCGAGAAUCCGACCAUUGAAGCUGUCCUAACAAGUUUUUUCCUCUUUGGCUGUUUGUUUGGAAGUAACCAGCACAACGCAGCGUGGCUUAGGAUACGCGAGGCACUCGACCUUGCGGCCACGCUGGGUUUGAAUGAUCCCGAGUCAUAUCACGAUCUGUCUGGGGAAGAGAAAGGCCAGCGACUACGAACGUACCUCGUCCUUUCUAUCACGGAAAGAGCAUAUGCUUUGCAACACCGACACCCAAUAACCUUCUGGGGGAAGCCAGGAUUCACUAUGCAGUCAGUGCAUGAUUUUAUCCACAGCGCCACGCACAGCGUCGUAUCUGGCAUUAUAGUCCACAACGAGAAAGACGCCGAGGGAAUGAUGGGUCUUGCACGAAUGAUGGAACUAUUCGAUGCCAUCGACGAAGAUGUCAUCGACUGCUGGAACCGCCGGUGUGAUAUCAGCAACGGAUACUGCCAGCGACUCACCGAAGCCAAGGCACUCUCCAUCCACCAGAAUCUCAAUCGAAUCAACCAAGCCGAACGAUAUCGAGGCUAUGACUGGUUCGAGCGAGCCAAGGGAGGCCGUAGCGAAACCAACAAUGUCAUAUUUGCCAUGGGCCUACGAGAAACCCAAGCAGCGGACGUUUUCAUCACCCAGAAAUGGCUCCAGAAUCGUGUCUGGCUCCUCUCCUCAACCCACGGGCUUCUGAGUGCCCACGCCGAGCAACCCGAGCUAAGCUUCGGAUAUGCUGUAUCCGUUGCUGAAUCCACUCUUCAACUGUGCCAGUCAUUACGGCUGAGCUCCAUGGAAGCCCAUGGCAUCGGUCUGGCCGAAAAACUGUACGAUAUCGCAAUCUGUGCAACAAACAUCCUAUGCAACACAACCUCGCCUUACGGGGGUCCCCUGAACAUCCCUGCCAAUUUCACUGAAAGACUACCACCAACUUCAACAUGCACGCCCCAGAGUCUCGCAGAAGACUUUUUGUUGCUUAUGACCAGUUUCCGGGGUGGAAACCAUCCUUAUCUGGAGAAGUAUAAAGCUCACCUACGCUCACUACAGAUUUUGGAACCCAAAGCUCAGGAGUGGGCGCAAUGA